UCUGGUGUAGUCUGGAGAGUUCUUCUUUUUUGGGAUUUACUUAACGGUGGAGAUAAGUUAGCCCUGAAGAUGAAACAGCUUCUCGUAUUGAUGUUUGUCACGGUGGUUACUGCCCAGUUCAAGAUCCACAGCCCUGAUGAAUAUGAGUUUAAAUACGACACCAGAUCCAGUGGGGGCGAGGCCAAACUCUUCCGGAAGGAAGAAAGAAAAGAAGAUGGAACCAUAAUCGGAGAGUAUGGCUACGUUGACCCUAACGGUGAACUCCAGGUAACCAACUACCGCGUCGGCAAAAAUGGUUAUGAGAUUAUUGACGCUUUUGAGGCCGAAGAUGAACUCGCUGGACGUGCUGCUCCACGUGAAACUGAUGAUUCAAUUGAAAUCCAGAAAGAGUUUAGUGCUGUUGGUCCCGUAAGAUUUGACUUACUGUACGGAGGUCGAGGUCUUCCCUUCAAUCGGUUGGCCUACCAGUCUCACAUUCUAGGUAUGCCAGCACUCUACGGGUUCAGAACACUACUUCCCCGACGACACUUCUUUUUCUAAGCUCGUCAUGUAUCUGUUCCUUUAGACUUCUGAUUUGUGAACAGCUACUCUCUAUUUACAUCUGAUGUAACGCGUAUGGCUUUUAAAGAUAUGUUGUUUCAGUUAAUAAAAAGAUCGAACUAUUGUAAUCUUUAAAAUGUUCAAUGUUUUUUGAACAAAGUUUUUCCUAUCUCACUAUUAAGGUAGAGUGCAAGUUUACCAAAUUAAAACAUUUAUAAUUAUCUCUUCAGUUUGUUAGCCUGAGUAAUAUAUUUGUAUUAUAUCUGGCACACUUUAUGACUUCGGGAAUGUUAGGUUCUCUGUGCAAUAAUAAUCUGGACCAUGUACUUGAGUCAGAAAAAUAUACUUCAGCAUAACUUCCUAGUUUUUCUUGACGAGUAUGUGUGUUAACACCAUGAUCUAGCACUCGUCGUUUAUUCAAUCAAUAUUGACAACUUAUUUUUGUGUCAUGUUUAUAACUAAUGUGUGUCAGACAUUAUGACAAUAAAGGAACUUUCUAAAAAUGUC